AUGAGCAACAGUAUGCGCGACUUGAUAUCCGGCGAGGCCGAACUUGAUGACGAGGAAGAGGAUGAGUCCUUUGAUGAAGGUGGUGAGGAGCGCAGACGAAAGGCUGCCGUGGAAGACUCCAGUGAGGAGGAGGAAGACGAUGACGAUGAGGAAGAGGCUCGCAAGGUCCGUGAAGGAUUUAUUGUUGAUGAGGAUGAGGACGAGGAAGAAGGCGGCGAAUCAGAUGGCGAUGUGCGUCCCGUUCACAAACGAAAGCGAAAACAUCGCGAUCGUGAAGAGGAGGCACAGCUUGAUGAAGAAGAUCUGGAUCUCAUCGGCGAGCAAUUCGGCGAGCGUCCCAAGCCCCAAACACAGUCCAAGUUCAAGCGCCUCAAGCGUGGCUACCGCGACGAAGAAAGGGGAAACCAACGCCGUGGCCUGGACGAUAUCUUCUCGGACGAAGACGAAGAUGCAAGCGAGCAGCGACCUUACGGCAGAUCGUACCGCCAAGCCGACGAAUUCGACGAUUUCAUCGAAGAGGAUUUCCCUGAAGACCCUGAGGAAUUAGAACAACAACGAGAAGAUGCGGAGGUUGCUCGCCCCAGAGAUCGUGUCAUUGGAAAUAUCGCCGAUACUGGUAAUCUCGAUAAGGAUGCCUUAGACGAUAUGGAGGCCAUCUUCGGUAAUGGCGAAGACUACGAUUGGGCGCUGCAAAUGGAAGAGGAGGAGGAAGAUCGUGAAAGAGAGGAACAGGCCAUUGAGCUGAAGGACGUAUUCGAGCCAUCGCAACUUAAAGAGAAGCUCUUGACCGACGAAGAUAACGAGAUUCGUUUUACCGACGAGCCCGAGCGAUUUCAACUCGACCGGAAAACCUUCAAGACUCUUCAGCUUACUGCAGAGCAAUUUAAGGAGGAGGCAAGAUGGAUCACGAACCAGUUGUGGCCAAAGAAGGGUUUGGCGGCCGACCUCCAGAUCCCAUUCGGCAAAGCUGUUGGCAAGGUCCUCGAAUUCUUCAUUGUUGACGAAGUUGAGGUGCCUUACGUGUUCCAGCAUCGCAAAGACUACCUACUUCACACCAGAAAGACACGGAAUCCGAACCGUGAUGAUCCUGAUGCGCCAGAGUACGUCAUCAGCGCAGACAAGCUCUUGAAUCAAGACGACCUUUGGAAGAUCUUGGAAUUGGACAUAAAAUUUCGUUCUUUUGUGGACAAGAGAAAUGCUCUCGAGAAGACCUUUGAAAAUCUUAAAGGAUUGGCAAUUCACGACACAAUUGUGGAGGAGAUGAUUCCAGAGGCGACGACCAUGGAAGAACUUCAAGAUUUGCAAGACUAUUUGCAGUUCCAGUACGGUCCACAGCUCAAGGACCUCGCUGCUAUGGCUGGAAACCUCUCGUUAACAAAACGGCCAGGCUCAAAGUCAAAUUUGCUUGAACGAGUGCGCCAAGGCAAGGCCUAUAGCUUCGUCCGUGCUUAUGGAAUCUCAGCGGAUCAGCUUGCCAAGAACGCCUUGCGACAUGGAAAGAAGAUCACUCCUGAUGAUGACGCUCAGUAUCCCAUGGACCUGGCUGACAGUUUGGUCGACGACAGCUUCGACACAGGCGACCAAGUUAUUAACGCAGCUCGACAGAUGUACGCUGAAGAAUUGUUUGCAAGCCCAAGGAUGCGCAAACAUUUUCGAAAUUCGUACUACCAAGCUGCUGAGAUCAGCUGUCGGCGAACUGAGAAGGGGCUACGUAGAAUCGAUGAUUCUCACCCGUACUAUGAAAUCAAGUAUUUGCAAAACCAGGCCAUUGCUGAUCUAGUCCACCAACCAGAGCUUUUCCUGAAGAUGAUGAAGGCCGAGGAGGAAGGCCUUGUCACCAUAAAGCUUGAUAUGCCAGCUCGAUAUGAUUUCCGGAGACAACUUUAUCAGGAGUUCGAGUCUGAGAAUUUCAGUGACCGGGCCGAGCAGUGGCGUGAAGAACGCAAGAAAGUACUUGACCUUGCAUAUCCCAAACUCGAAAGGAUUAUUGCAAAAAACGUCAAAGAAGUCAUUCGAACUUUCUGCCAAGAUGAGGUGCUCAAGAUGUGUCGAGAAGAAUAUGCAAAACGGCUCGAUCAGGCGCCCUACAAACCAAAGGGCAUGAUACUGGGCACCACGCCUCGUGUCCUAGUUCUCUCCAAUGGCAUGGCCGACCCUGCCCGCGAUCCCAUCUGCUGGGCAUGGGUUGAGGAAGAUGGUCGUGUCAUUGAGCAAGGAAAGCUUGGGAACCUAGCCAGAGAUGAGCGCCAACGAGAAGAGUUCGAGGAACUUGUCAAGCGUCGCCGACCCGAUGUGAUUGGCGUUAGCGGUUGGUCUGCUGAGACGACUAAGCUGGUACGUGACCUGGAGAGCCUUGUCAACGAGAAGGGCCUUAUGGGCCCUGAGUUUGAGGACCCAGACACCAAUGACUAUCGAACAGAGCCACUGGAAGUUGUGGUGGUCAAUGAUGAGGUCGCUCGUUUGUACAAGGACAGUCCUCGUGCACUUGCUGAGCACCCAAGUCUGAAUCCUGUGACGAGGUACUGUGUUGCUCUGGCGCGAUAUAUGCAGAACCCUAUGAAGGAAUAUGCUGCUCUCGGCAAAGACGUUGCCUCCAUUUCUUACCACCCUUGCCAAAACCUUCUCCCACCCGAUAAACUAGCCAAAUACCUCGACUCCGCCAUGGUUGACAUGGUCAACCUCUGCGGUGUUGAUAUCAACGAGGCCAUGAACGAUUCCUAUACCGCCAACCUUCUUCCUUACGUGUCUGGAUUGGGUCCCCGCAAGGCAACAAGUGUCAUCAAGGCCAUCAACGCGAAUGGCGGUGCCGUGGGUACAAGGGAUGAGCUUGUGGGUGAUCCAGAUAGUGGCAAACUGCCUGUCGUUGGCCCCAGAGUUUGGAACAACUGCGCCAGCUUUCUGUUUAUCGAAUACGAGGCCACAAACCCUGCUUCGGACCCCCUAGACAACACACGAGUUCACCCUGAAGAUUACGAGCUCGGACGGAAAAUGGCUGCCGAUGCUCUUGAGCUUGACGAAGAGGACGUCAAAGCCGAAACUGACGAGAAUGGGCCCGGGGCGAUCGUCCGCAAGCUGUUCAAGCAGGAUGAACAAGACAAGGUCAACGAGCUCGUCCUGGAAGAGUAUGCAGAGCAAUUGGAGAGAAACUACAGCCAGCGCAAGCGAGCUACAUUGGAAACAAUCCGUGCCGAACUCCAGGCGCCCUAUGAAGAACUUCGACGGAAUUUUGCUCUCCUGUCGGCAUCCGAGAUCUUCACCAUGUUUACUGGUGAGACCAAGCAGACUCUAUGCGAAGGCAUGAUUGUACCCAUCAAUGUGCGGGUUGUGAAGGAUGACUUCGCCAUUGUUAAGCUCGACUGUGGUAUCGAAGGCCGUAUCGAGGGUCAUGAAAUCAACCAUCGUUCGUCCAUUAAGGAUGCCCUGGCCUCCGGACAAACGACGCAGGCAAAGAUUUUGGACAUCAAUUAUAAAGACUUUAUGGCUAAGCUGUCAAUGCGGGAUGAAACUCUACGUAUUCCGUACAAGCGCCCGAUCAACCUCGGCCGAGAUGGGUGGGACUACGCCCUUGAAGCAGCAGAUAAAGAGGAAUUGCGAGAAAAGGACAAGACCACGGGACGAACCCAGCGCGUUGUCAAGCACCCCAAUUUCAAACCGUUCAAUGGCCUGCAAGCAGAAGAAUAUCUGGGUUCGCAACCCAACGGUGAGGUUAUCAUUCGACCGUCAUCCAAGGGUAACGACCAUCUGGCAGUGACCUGGAAGGUCGCGGAUGGUGUUUACCAACACAUUGACGUCCUUGAGAUGCAGAAAGAAACAGAAUUCUCGGUCGGCAAGCUGCUGCGCGUUGGCGGCAAAUAUACGUAUACUGACCUGGACGAGAUGAUCGUGGAGCAUGUGAAAGCCAUGGCGCGUAAAGUUGAAGAACUGAUGCGACACGAUAAGUAUCAGAACCGAUCCCGGGGAGAGACGGAAAAAUGGCUCACGACGUACAUCGACGCCAAUCCCAACCGAUCGGCUUACGCGUUCUGCAUUGACACGAAGCAUCCCGGAUACUUUUGGUUGUGCUUCAAGGCCAGUAGGUCAGCCAGGGUGAUUGCAUUACCAGUGCGCGCAAUUCCACAAGGGUUUGAGCUCAAGGGGUAUCAAUAUCCUGACAUGCGAGCGCUGUGCAACGGAUUCAAGCUGCGUUAUCAGAAUGAGUUCUCCAAGAUGGGUCACCGGUAG